UCCGCUUUGUUCGGCUUUAAACCCUUUUACCCUAGACCGGCUAAAUAUGGGACGCGUUAGAACAAAGACGAUUAAAAAGGCCGCUCGGGUCAUUAUAGAGAAGUACUACACCCGUCUGGGCCAUGACUUCCAAGUCAACAAGCGGGUGUGUGAGGAGAUCGCCAUCAUGCCCACCAAACCUCUGCGCAACAAGAUUGCAGGGUAUGUGACCCAUCUGAUGAAGCGCAUUCAGAGGGGUCCUGUGAGGGGCAUCUCUAUCAAACUGCAGGAAGAAGAGAGAGAGCGGCGAGACAACUACGUCCCAGAGGUGUCUGCUUUGGAUCACGAGAUUAUUGAGGUUGAUCCUGACACGAAGGAAAUGUUGAAGAUUUUGGACUUCGGCAAUCUCUCACAACUGCAGGUCACCCAGCCAAGUAUUGGGAUGAACUUCAGAACUCCAAGAGUUUAGUGUAAUUUAUCGAGAGACAAUAAAUAUUGCAAAAACA